AUGUUCCUGUUUUUUCUCCUCAUCAUAACUUGUGCCCAAGCACAGUCUGUGAACCAGGAUGCUGAUCCUGAGUUUGCUGAUGUUGUGUUCCUGGUGGAUAGCUCUGAUCACCUGGGGAGUAAGUCCUUCCCCUUUGUAAGAACUUUCAUAAGCAAGAUAAUCAACAGUCUGCCUGUUGAAGCCAACAAGUUCCGGAUUGCCCUUGCCCAGUACAGCGAUGAUCUACGCCAGGAGUUCCUGCUGAGCCCCUUUGUGGCCAAGAGCACCAUGUUGAACCACCUCAGGAGGAACUUCACCUACAUUGGGGGGCCUUUGCGAAUAGGCAAUGCUCUUGAGAAAGUCCACAAGACCUAUUUCUCUGGGCCAGUGAAUGGAAGAGACAAGAACCAGUUUCCUCAGAUUCUGGUAGUCUUGGCUUCAGCCCACUCUGAGGAUGACGUGGAAGAACCGGCAAAGGCUCUGCAGAGAGACGGGGUGAAAAUCAUCUCACUGGGGAUGCAGAAUGCUUCGGAAGGAAACUUAAAAGCCAUGGCCACAUCUCAAUUUCAUUACAACCUUAGAACAGUGAGAGAUGUGGCCACAUUUUCCACAAAUAUGACCAGCAUCAUUAAGGAGGUGGUAAAAUACAAGGGACAAGCGGACGAUGCUGAUGUGGAAGUUUGUCAUGGCACUUCUGUGGCUGACGUCGUAUUCCUCCUGGACGAGUUUGCCAAUGGUACCCAGGAAAACUUGGAGUAUCUGAAAGGAUUCCUAGAAGAGAGUGUGUCUUCUUUUGAUGUGAAAGAGAACUGUAUGAGGAUUGGCCUGGUGACGUACAGCAAUGAGACGAAGGUGAUACGUUCCCUGGGCGCUGGGAUCAACAAGACAGAGAUUCUACAAGAGAUACAGAACCUGUCUCCCAGGGCUGGGAGAGCCUACGCUGGAGCUGCCAUCACAAAGAUCAGGAAAGAGGUCUUCAGUGUCCACAAAGGCAGCAGGAAGAUGCAGGGGGUCCCCCAGAUAGCCAUUCUGGUCACUCAUAGACCAUCAGAAGAUAAUGUCUCUAUAGCUGCACUUGACCUUCGGCGGGAAGGUGUGACUGUAUUCACCAUGGGCCUGGAAGGCUCUGAUUAUACCCAGUUAGGGCAGAUAUCAUCUCACCCUCCAGAAAAGUAUAUUUCCAAGCUGAAAACAUUUUCAGACCUGGCAGCCCAUAAUCAGACAUUUCAGAAGAAACUCAGGAGUGAAAUACAGCACAAGGUAUCUAUCCUGUCAGAACGGACCGAACACCUCAAAGCUGGUUGUGUGGAAACUGAAGAAGCUGACAUCUAUCUACUCAUUGAUGGCUCGGGAAGUAUCCAGCCCACAGACUUCCAGGAGAUGAAAACAUUUUUGUCCGAAGUGAUAGGAAUGCUCAACAUAGCACCCUAUAAAGUCAGAGUUGGAGCUGUCCAAUAUUCAGACAGGUGGGAAAUGGAAUUUGAGAUUAACAAAUAUACGAACAAAAACGAUUUGGGGAAGGCUAUUGGCAACAUCCGGCAGAUGGGCGGCAACACCAAAACUGGCGCAGCCCUGAAUUUCACUCUUGGGCUUCUCCUAAAAGCAAAGAGACAGCGAGGGAACAAGGUACCGUGUCACCUGAUUGUCCUGACAGAUGGGUUGUCAGAUGACAGUGUUAAGGAGCCCUCCAAGACACUGAAGGAUGAGCACAUCAAUGUGUUUGCCAUUGGCAUCAAGGAGGCAAACCAAACCCAGCUGCUGGAGAUUGCCGGGUCAGAAAAGAGAGUUUACUAUGUGUAUAACUUUGAUUCUUUGAAAGACAUAAAAAAUCAAGUUGUCCAAGGAAUCUGUUCUGAAGAAGCUUGUAAAGAUAUGAAAGCUGAUAUCAUGUUUCUAGUGGAUAGUUCUGGGAGCAUCGGACUCGAAAACUUUGCUAAAAUGAAAACAUUUAUGAAGAACCUGGUGAGCAAGUCUCAGAUUGGAGCAGACCAAGUACAAAUUGGUGUCGUCCAGUUUAGCCAUGAGAACAAGGAAGAGUUUCCGCUCAAUCGGUAUAGGACCCAACGUGAAAUUGCUGAUGCGAUAGAUGGAAUGCCUCACAUAGGCGACAGGACCCUGACAGGAAGUGCCCUGAGCUUUGUCUCUGACUACUUCCAUCCCUCCAAGGGGGCACGUCCUAAUGUCAGGAAGUUUCUCAUCCUCAUCACAGAUGGGGAGGCACAGGACCUGGUCAGGGAUCCAGCUGCGGCUCUUCGGCAAGAUGGUAUAAUCAUCUACUCCGUGGGAGUGUACGGCUCAAAUGAAACCCAGCUAGUGGAAAUCAGUGGGAAGCCUGAUAUGGUUUUUUAUGUAGAGAAUUUUGACAUUCUGAAGCACAUAGAAGAUGACCUCAUUUUUGGCAUUUGUAGCCCCCGUGAAGAAUGCAAACAGAUAGAAGUUUUAGAUGUAGUAUUCAUCAUUGACAGCUCUGGCAGCAUAGACCAUGAUGAAUAUAACAUCAUGAAGGAAUUCAUGAUCAAGCUGGUGAAAAAAGCUGAUGUUGGCAGGAAUCGAGUUCGGUUUGGAGCCCUGAAGUACUCAGAUGAUCCUGAGAUGCUUUUUUAUCUUGAUGAACUUGACACAAAGUCCAAGGUCAUUUCAGUUCUCCAGGAUGAUUAUCCCAAAGGAGGAAACACGUAUACAGCCAAAGCCCUGGCCUUCUCUGACCACAUGUUCACUGAGGCCCGGGGCAGCCGUAUACACAAAAGAGUCCCCCAGGUCCUCAUCGUGAUCACAGAUGGAGAAUCCCAUGAUGCAAGCAAACUCAAUGCCACAGCCAAGGCGUUAAGGGACAAAGGCAUUCUCAUCCUGGCGGUAGGAAUCGCAGGAGCCAAUACUGAAGAGCUUUUGGCGAUGGCAGGAUCAGAGGACAAGUAUUUCUUUGUGGAAACCUUUGGGGGCCUCAAGGGCAUAUUCUCCAAUGUAUCAGACAGUAUCUGUGGCCCUUCAAAAGUAGAUUGUGAAAUUGAAAAGGCAGAUCUAGUUUUCCUCAUUGACGGUUCCAAUAGCAUACAUCCGAAUGACUUCAAGAAGAUGAAGGAUUUUUUGGUGUCCGUAGUGGAUGAUUUUGACAUCAGACCUAGCAAAGUGCAUGUUGGGCUGGCUCAGUUCAGCCAUAUCUACAACCCUGAGUUUGCUCUGGGGUCAUUCACAACUGAAGAGGAAGUUUCCACUCAAAUUGAGAUGACCCAACAGAUCUUUGGAUUUACCCACAUUGGAGCUGCGCUGAGGCAAGUGGAGCAGUAUUUCCGUCCAGAGAUGGGCAGCAGAAUAAAUAUGGGCACCCAGCAAGUUUUAUUGGUCCUCACUGAUGGGCAGUCCCAAGAUGAAGUGGCCAAGGCUGCAGAAGACCUGAGAAGGAAAGGAAUUGAUAUAUACUCUUUGGGCAUUGGGGACGUGGAUGAGCAGCAGCUCAUUCAGAUAUCUGGGACGUCGGACAAAAAACUAACAGUCGAUAACUUUGAUGAGCUGAGAAAGAUCAAAAAAAGAAUAGUCCGUAACAUCUGCACGCCAGUCAGUGAAAGCAGUUGUUUUGUGGAUGUUGUUGUGGGCUUUGACAUCUCAUCUCAGCAGAAAGGACAGCCUUUAUUUCAAGGUCAGGCUUGGAUGGAGACUUAUCUUCAGGAUGUGUUACAUGCCAUCAGUUCCCUAAAUGGGGUGAGCUGCGAGGUGGGAUCCCAGACUCAGGUCAGUGUGGCCUUUCAAGUGACAAAUGCUGUGGAUAAAUUUUCCCCCAAGUUUGAGAUUUACAGUGAAAAUAUCCUGAACACCUUGAAGAAUGUAUUUGUCAAGGAGCCAUCUCGCCUCAAUGCCCCUUUCUUGAAUUCGCUUUGGGAUGCCUUCCAGAAUAAAUCUGCUACUCGAGGAAAGGUGCUGCUGUUAUUUUCAGAUGGGUUGGAUGAUGAUGUUGAAAUACUCGAAUCAAAAUCUGAUCAGCUCCGAAAAGAAGGGCUCAACGCUCUCAUAACCAUUGCUCUGGAAGAAACUUCUGAUGCAAAUGACCUAGCUGACCUUCCGUACAUUGAAUUUGGGAAAGGAUUUGAUUAUAGGACUCAGUUAACAAUUGGAAUGAGAGAUUUGGGAAGCAGGCUAUCAAAAUAUCUGGCCAAUGUUGCUGAAAGGACGUGCUGCUGUCUGCUUUGCAAGUGUUCUGGAGGAGACGGUGCCAUUGGAGAACCAGGAACGCCAGGGAAGAAGGGACCUCCAGGUAUUAAAGGCAGCGAAGGCUACCUGGGAGAAGAAGGUGCCCCUGGAGAAAGAGGAUCCCCUGGACCAAUGGGAGAAGGAGGCACAAAAGGAUGCUCUGGGAGCAAAGGUCCCAAGGGAAACAGGGGACUCAGUGGAGAGGAGGGAGAAGUUGGGGAACUCGGGAUUGAUGGAAUCAAUGGAGAACAGGGCGAUGGUGGUCUUCCUGGAACGAAAGGAGAAAAAGGAGAUGAAGGUUCCCAGGGCAACCCUGGGAAGAAAGGACCACCGGGUGACAGUGGUGGAAGAGGAUUGCGAGGGGAUCCUGGCAACCCUGGAUCAGACAAUAACAGAGACGGACCCACGGGCCCAAAAGGAGAAAGGGGAAGACAAGGAAGAAGAGGAUGGCCAGGAAUACCAGGGUCUCCAGGCUCCCGAGGAGACACGCCAAGGCAUGGCCGAAGAGGACCGGCAGGCCCACAGGGAAUAAAUGGAGUUUCUGGUCUGGAUGGUCAUGAAGGAGCAUUGGGAGUAAAAGGACCCCAGGGCCCAAGAGGGGAUCCUGGAGUGAAAGGAGCACGAGGAAGUCUAGGAAGUAAAGGCCCCCCGGGUCCUCCAGGCCCAGGUGGUGUUAAAGGGAGUCCUGGCAGCUUGGGGAGCAGGGGAAAUAAAGGAGAGCCAGGGGCGCCAGGAGAGAAGGGAGCAGCUGGAUUAUCUGGUUAUCGUGGAAUGCCGGGAGAUGAUGGAAGUGCAGGAUAUGGCAGAAAUGGAAGAAAAGGAGAAAAGGGACAAGAAGGAUUCCCAGGAGAUAGUGGACCAAAGGGGGAAGUUGGAGAUCCUGGCAGUCCAGGAGAAGUUGGGCCAAAGGGGUAUAAAGGAAGAACGGGCCCUUCAGGACCCCCUGGGGAACAGGGAUCUCCUGGAUCCCAAGGACCUCCAGGACAGAAGGGCCCAAAAGGAGCGAAGGGAUGGACACCAUUUUCAACCUGUGACGUCAUUCAGUUUGUCCGGGACCAUAGCCCUGGCUGGAAGGGAAAGCCAGAAUGUCCUGUUCAUCCUACAGAGUUAGUGUUUGCUUUGGAUCUGUCCCGAGAGGUCACGGAGGAGGCAUUUGAGCGAAUGAAGGAGAUGACGAUGGCCAUCGUGAAUGACCUCAAGAUCAGGGAAGGCAACUGCCCGGUGGGAGCGAGGGUGGCCGUGAUCUCCUAUAACUCUAACACCCGGCAUCUCCUCCGUCUGUCCGACUCCUAUAACAAGAGCCAGCUGCUCAGAGAGAUCAAAGCUCUCCGCUUCGAGACCUCCUCCGGGGACCGGGAGAUUGGCAAGACCAUGAGGUUUGUGGCCAGGAAUAUCUUCAAGAGAACCCUCCCAGGAAUCAACACCAGGAGGAUCGCCACAAUUUUCAGCAGUGACAAAUCUGUCGAUGCUUCAGCCAUCGUUACAGCUACCAUGGAGUUCAACGCUCUGGAUGUCAUUCCGGUCGUGAUUGCUUUUAACAAUGUGCCUGCCGUCAAGCGUGCCUUCGCGAUUGAUGACACCGGGGCUUUUCAGGUGCUAACUAUUCCCCCGAGGGCUGACUACAGGCCGAUGCUGAAGCGUCUCCAGCAAUGCACCUUCUGUUAUGACAGAUGCAAGCCAGAAGUUUCAUGUGAGGAGGCUAAGCCUCCAGCAGUCCCAUCUUACAUCGACGCAGCCUUCCUCUUCCAAGGCUCCCGAGAUGUGGGAAGUGCUGAGUUUGAGGAUGUGAAAGCUUUUCUGAAAGCAGUGCUGGAUAACUUUGAUGUUGCCUUUGAACCCAAGACCUCUGCUGUUGGGGACCGGAUUGCAUUACUGAGCCAUGCUCCUCCAGGCUUUGUACCCAAUACUCAGUCGAGCCCAGUCAGGACAGAAUUCAAUUUCACCACGUACAACAAUAAACGCCUGAUGAAGAGACACGUCGAAGAAUCAGUUCGGCAGCUGAACGGUGAAGCUUUCUUGGGUCAUGCCCUGCAGUGGACGGUAGAUAAUAUCUUCUCAGGCGCACCCAACCAGAGAAAAAACAAAGUCAUUUUUGUGGUGUCUGCUGGAGAAACAAGUUAUUUGGACAGAAAAGUCUUGAAGAAAGAAUCCCUGCGGGCCAAAUGUCAAGGUUACGCGGUAUUUGUGUUCUCUUUUGGCCUCUCACACAAUGAUGAGGAAUUAGAAGAAUUAGCCAGCCCACCCCUCGAUCAACACUUGGUCCAACUGGGCCGAAGUCACAAACCAGACCAUGGAUAUGGGGUGAAGUUUGUGAAGUCCUUUAUAAACUCCAUCAGACGUGCAAUCAACAGGUAUCCACCAUUAAACUUCAAAGCAAAAUGCAGUAAAGUGAAUGUUCCAGAACCAAAGCAGCCUUCCACCAGGCAAAGCCACCUCCUUGCCGAUGCUGGACCAUUCAGAGCAAAGUUUCUGUCCAAAAAACCUCUCUCAAGAGUAGUACAGGGUAAUGUUGUUUGGAACGCUAAUGGCUAUACCAGGAGUAUGCCCCGUCUCCUUAAAACUGGAAACAACAUGCCAAGCAUCGUUCCCAAGCCUCAUCUUUAAGAAGCUGCCAAGCACAACGUCAGUUUGCGUUAGGUGCCGGCGUGGCAAGUCAUUGUGUUCACAGGACCGGCCUAAGAAGCUUAAGGAACUGAACCCACAGUCAGGAAGUCAUGUUUGCAUGGGGAUAAACCUCCUGAAUUUAGAAACUUGGGGCUGUGACUGAAUUUGAUGUUACUGAGUGACACUGACUGGGGCAUACUGUUGGCCCUGUCGUAUGUACGCCUUGUCUUAGCAUUUAUGUGAAGAGACACAGACCAUUCCAACAAUGGACUGAGGUUUCAGAGUACUAUGACCAAUGAAGGAUUGAAGAAUCAAAGAAUUUCCAGGUGCUGUUUGCAGUCAUAUUUAAGCACAUUGAAAAGUCUGAUGCUUACAGAUUGCAGACAUGAACCGUGGGUCAUGUAAAGAACAUGUGCACACGUGCUCACGGCAAUGGUGUUGGAUUUUGCAAACUAUACUCCAGUCUGAUUUAUACAUGCCCAGCUUACCUUCUCCACUUAGAACUGUUUCAUGCUCAAAAAGGCAUUGUUGUGGUGGUGGUUUUGCUUUAGGUUAUUUUCACAUGCUGCUUGGCCAUCCUAACCCCCUGCCUUUUUCCUCAAGCACUCUGUACUGUUGGUCCCUGUGCCACCAUUUCCUUUCAGAAGGAAAGAUUGGGUCAGCCGGGUUGUCAUUUACUGACUCCUGAGAUCGGGAUGCUGCAGUCCUUCCCUAGAUUUAUUCCCAUUCAUCAGCCCAGAUGGGUGUGGGUGGGUCAGUCUUUAAUACAUGAGCCAGAUUUCUUCUCCAUACCUCUUCAUCUCACCUGCAAGAGAAGCCCCACCACACCCCAAGUUCUGCCCACCUCACUCAGGCAAAACCACAGACCCAGCUUCCACAGACUUCAGGGUACCAAGAGCUCCAAGGAGCUUUACAUAAUAUUUUCACUCAGGAGGAAAUGACAACUUAAUGCGAAGUACAGCAUAUAUCUGUUGGUUUUGUGGUUUAUUUGGUUCGUUUUUCCCCAAUGUAGGUGGGGAACAUUCAAGUUCAGAUU